AUGACUAUUCGUGCAGUUGGUAUUGUCGGCACUGGCGUCAUUGGAGCGUCAUGGACAGGUCUCUUCCUCGCUCAUGGUCUACACGUAUAUGUGGCAGACCCAGCUCCUGGAGCGGCAGAAAAGCUGGCUGCCUAUCUGGAAGCCAUUUGGCCAAACAUGGAAUUGAUGAGCCUUGAAGAAAAUGCUUCUCUUUCGAAUUAUGAAUUUGUUGGCCCAAGUCUUGGCGAAUUCUACAAAAAGGUAGACUUCAUCCAGGAGAACGCUCCUGAAAGGCCAGAUCUCAAGACCAAAAUUCUUGCUGACAUCGAUGCAGCUGUACGACCAGAGAUCGUGAUUGCUUCUUCGUCAUCAGGCAUUCCAAGCUCGAAAUUCAUCAGUGAAUGUCGCCAUCCAGAGCGAGUACUGAUCGGUCAUCCAUUCAACCCGCCUCACCUAAUGCCGCUCGUGGAAAUUGUUCCCCAUCCAAAGACAAGCACUUUGGCCAUUUCAAAUGCACUGGAAUUCUAUACAUCUGUAGGACGCCGUCCGGUUCACAUCAAGGAAGAGAUUCCUGGCUUCGUUGCCAACCGUCUCCAAGCUGCCCUUUGCAAUGAGGCCUAUAGCCUGGUGGCCCGUGGAAUAGUCUCAGCCCAGGACCUAGAUGCCUGCGUCACCACCAGCUUGGGACCUCGUUGGGCGAUGGUCGGCCCUUUUUUGGCAAACGCGAUGGGAGGCGGCGGCGGAAUAGAGGGUUUCAGGCAUAUGAUCGAGCAUUUGGGACCUGCGAGUCAAACCUGGCUAGCCGAUAUGCAGGCCCAUAAGUUCGAUUGGAGUGCGCAAAGCGUCGAUGCUUUGGGCACAAGUGUUGCGGAUGAGCUUACGGGCAAGGACAUGAAGAUACUCGAGCAAAAGCGCGAUGAUGAUCUUGUUAAGUUCUUCAAGAUCAAAGGUAAGAGGCGCACAAGCUUCAAUGGUAUGUCGCUAGACUCUCGAUAG